AUGGAGGAUCACAUGUUGAAGAUCCCCAUGAUGUCGUCUGCUUCCCCAAGUGAGUCUUCUGGAAGUGGCGGGACAGACGACAGCAGAGGAGCCAAGAGUCCACCCCCGGGCAAAGCCCUGAGCCCCGCUCUGGUCUGCAAAGUGUGCGGCGACACCAGCAGCGGGAAGCACUACGGCAUCUACGCCUGCAACGGCUGCAGUGGCUUCUUCAAACGCAGCGUGAGGAGGAGGCUCAUUUACAGGUGCCAGGCUGGUACAGGCAUGUGUCCAGUGGACAAAGCUCAUCGCAACCAGUGCCAGGCGUGUCGGCUGAAGAAGUGCCUGCAGGCGGGCAUGAAUAAGGAUGCAGUGCAGAACGAGCGGCAGCCCCGCAGCACAGCUCAGGUCCGCCUGGACUCCAUCGACGUGGACCCUGAGUAGGAGCACCUGGCUACCACACGGGAGCCCACCUCCUCUUCAUCAUCUUCCUCGUCAUCUUCCUCCUCCUCCUCUGUCAUCACGUGGCCCCACAUCACCUCCUCCAUGUCCAUCACCUCCUCUGUCGCCCCCCAGCGCUGCAUCAGUCCCCAGAACAACCAUCGCUUCAUGGCCAGCCUCAUGACGGCCGAGACCUGCGCCAAGCUGGAGCCCGAGGACGUCGAUGAGAACAUUGAUGUGACCAGCAAUGAGCCAGAGCGAGCGUCCUCGGAGUACCACAUGGCUCUGUACCCGUCCAGCUCAGAAAACGUGUACGAGACAUCAGCAAGGCUGCUCUUCAUGUCGGUGAAGUGGGCCAAGAACCUGCCAGUGUUUUCAAACCUGCCCUUUAGAGACCAGGUGAUCCUGCUGGAGGAGGCGUGGAGCGAGCUCUUCCUGCUCUGUGCCAUCCAGUGGUCUCUGCCUCUGGACAGCUGCCCGCUGCUCUCUUUGCCAGACCUCUGCCCCGGCAUGCAGGGAAAGACCAGCUACACCAGCCUGGACCUGCGCCUCCUGCAGGAGGUCUUUAGCCGCUUCAAGGCGCUCGCUGUCGAUCCCACUGAGUUUGCCUGCCUCAAGGCUAUCGUGCUCUUCAAGCCAGAGACUCGUGGUUUGAAAGAUCCAGAACAGGUGGAGAACCUGCAGGAUCAGUCUCAAGUGAUGCUGGGACAACACAUCCGCUCACAUUACCCCAGUCAACCAGCCAGGUUUGGAAAGCUGCUUCUUCUCCUUCCCUCUCUGCGUUUCGUGAACUCGGAGCGCGUAGAGCUGCUGUUCUUCCACAGCACCAUUGGCACGAACACUCCCAUGGAGAAACUCUUGUGUGACAUGUUCAAAAACUGA